AUGGGAGAAGGAGGUUCUUUUGAAAGAAGUAAUAGGCGACAAUUACAACGAGAUAUUGAAAACUGUGUUCAUAUCUUGCAAGAAGGUGUAGAUACAGAAGCAGCAGAGGCGAUAUCUGUCUUUAGCAAUAAAAGUACCUCCAAUGAAAAAUGGGCCGCAACAUUAGCUGGAACUUAUCAAAUCAAGACUGAUGAGGAAUUUCAAUCAUUUGAGUCUGAUAAGAAGGUGUAUAUAGAGAAGGUUGAUAAACUUCAGGAAGAAGUUGAAUAUUUUGAGAGGCUUUGUAAUGAAAUGGAAGAGUUAAGUGAAGAAUUGGCAGUGAAAACCAAAGUAGAACGUGGUAGAUGA